UUGAAGGAGCAAGGAGCCACACAAGGUUGCUUGCUCUGUUGCUUUCUUUCCAAGAGGCCACAAGAAGGACAACCUGGUAACUUGCCUCGGUUGCCUGAAGUCGCCAUUCUGUCACCAAAACAAUCUCACAACAGCAAAUCACAUCAGAGCAGCCACCACAAACAACACACGACGAUGAUACCGGAGGAAUCGCCCGUGCCUGUCACGCCCGAGGAGCGGAGCCAAGCAGUAGUGGCGCUCACCACCACACAGACUUGUUCUUCUUCUUCUACUAAUAGUAAUUGCGAACCAUCCAGGAUGGACAACACUACUACUCCACAGCAACCCCAGUAUACUCUGCUGGAACGCACCGCACGUCGUGUCGCUCGAUGGCCGCAAACACAUCUAUGGACGGCACUAGUGGUGGCCGUUGUCAUUUCCGGUUUGGGCAUGUACUUUGGUAAUUUUUCCGUUUCCUUUGAAGCCAUGGGAUGGCCCAGUCGCGGCACACUCGUGUCGAAACGAGACACACAAUACCGACUCGUCAACCGGAAUCGCGUGGCAUUGUCCAAACGCAAGAAUCAAGAUGUGUGGGAGGAUCUGACGACCAACAUUCAGUGUGGUUGGGAAGUGCCCGAUGGGAAAUGUCCCAACGACAACUUCAAAGAAGAAGAAGUAGUAGCUGCAGUGGAGGAACAGAGCAACAACAGCACUAGUACUGACGAGAAUAGUAGUAGUAGUCAAGUGGAGGAGGAACAAGACAAACAAGUCGAGACAAGUAGUGUAUCACCGACCAGUUUGACAGAGCUCUGGUCGCAGUGUGACGUUGGCUUUUACGCGGAACCCAAUUUCUACUUGAAAAGUCGUCUGUGGCCAGUCUGGAAAGUGACCGACCCCGCCGCGUCGGCGUUGGAUCCGGCCCUCUUGCAAACCAUUUGCGAGGCCGAAGAACAGACCCAAGCCAUUCUGCACCGCGAAGGACUCUGCUUUGGAUGUAACAAUGGACAAUGCUUGCCGCCCAUGAGCUUGGUGCUGUACGCCCGAUUCACGGUACGGAAUGGAAUGGCCAUGACUUGUCCGGAAUUGGCACAAGCAUGGGCGCCCCAUCAAGCCGAAACGGUGCACGAGUUUCAACAAUGCGUUCGACACUUGCGAGGUGUCACCGACUUUUUCAAUGUACAAGACCGGGGUCCCUGUCCGACCAUGUUCUCUCCCGCCAUGGUCGACAAGUGGUUUGAUCAAACGGGACGCGUCACCACCACGAGCUCUGUUUUCAUGUCCAAGAACAAAAAAGCCAAUGCCAAGAAACUGUAUGCCGUGUUGGACGAGUUUGGAAGAGGCAACGACACGAGCAAAAUGGAAGUGGCAUAUGACAACCAACAUCAAAUGUUUGUCGAGUUUUAUUCUCUGGACGCGAUCCCGUAUGACAUGACUCUCAUGUGUGCGUCGGCUGUCAUUACUACGGCCGCCAUGAUGUUCCACACGCGAUCGCCCUUUUUGACUUUUAUCGGAAUUUUUCAAAUCAGUCUCAGUUUCCCAUUGGCGUACACGAUCUAUCGCUUUGCCGGAGGCAUUACCUUUUUCCCCUUUCUCAACUUGGUGGGAGUCUUUGUGGCAUUUGCACUGGGAGCAGAUCAUGUCUUUGUAGCAGUGGACAAGUGGAAGAAUGAACGAAUUGAUCAUCCUCAUGCGUCCACAGAAGAUGUCGCCGCCAAAGCACUUCCGGGAGCGGGACGAGCCAUGGUGCUGACGACGACCACUACCGCCAUUGCCUUUUUCGGUACUGGCAUUUGCCCGGUACUUCCAGUCAAGCUCUUUGGUAUAUUCUGUGGUCUGCUCAUUGCGGUGGACUACAUCUUGGACUGCCUGGUCAUGUUUCCUUGUCUCUGCAUCUAUGAUAGCUAUCGGUCACAGCGAAACUACUGCAUGGAUAUUCGAUGCUCCAAAGUUGCCACUAGUGGAAACGACGACGAAGAACCAAACAACAACAACAGAAGAGCCGUCGAAGAGGACUACAUGGAAGGGGAGGAAGAAAAGAUGGAAGAGGAGGAUCAAGUACAGCUGGCCAAGGAAGCUGCAAAGGCCAACGACAACAACUCAGCAAGUGUGGAGACGCCACUGAACAAUUCCUUGAUUCGGCGCCUCCUAACUUCGUACUACAACUGUCUCCAUCGGUGGAACUAUGCUAUUCUGGGCGUUUCGAUUGUGGGCCUGGGUGUUUGUGCCUACUUUGCCACGACACUAAAGCCCCCAGAAUCCACUGGCUCGAUCCAAAUUCUCAUUGAUUCGGUGGAACACGAGAAGGCAAGAGUGUGGCGGCCCGAGCUGCUCUUUGAUACGUUAAUGUCGUCGGCUGGAGGUGGAGCAGCCGUCAUAUUUGGUGUCAUUCCAGCGGACACGGGGAACCACCUGGACCCAUACGAAUGGUCACAACUGGUCCUGGACGACAGCUUUGAUCCCUCUCCCAAGGCAGCUCAAGUUUACAUGAGGGACUAUUGUGCCAUUUUCUUUUCGCAAGAGUUUGCCAGCCCCCAUGGUGGUUAUAUUGAUUGCGCUAUCAAUGAAUUCGAUGGAUGGUUACAAGAGCAAUCCAGCCUUCCAUUGGAUUAUCAGAACGAGACGUACACGGAGCAUUGCAAUGGAUCCGCAGCAAUGCCCCUGGAAGAAGAUGUUUUCCAUCCGUGUCUUUCAGGGUGGGCACAGCAAGAGAGGGAAAGAACCAUUUUGGCUUGGGAUGGCAUUGUCAAGGUUAUCUUCUUCGGCUACAAGAGUCGGGUUCGGUUCGACAGCCCAAACAAGCUUCUUGGAGAAGAGUGGAGGCUGGUCGAAGACUGGAUGGAACAGGAUAGUGAGAACGCACCAGAUGGGGUGGGAAGCCCUUUCUCCACUGCUCUGGACUACCUGGCUUGGGAUACCAAUGCGGCAGUUUAUCAAACUGCGCUAGGAUCAGGAGCAAUUGCCAUUCUUGUGUCUGCGUUGGUGAUCUUGAUUUCUUCCAAAUCGCUGAGUUUGACCGUGUUCUCUGCCAUCAGUGUGGCGUUUGUGUUGCUUUCGGUGGCCGCUGUAAUGAGUGCUGCACAAUGGACUCUUGGCUUUCUGGAGAGUGUUUGCUUCACAAUUCUGAUCGGUUUGAGUGCUGAUUUUGUCCUUCAUUUCAGCCAUGCCUACUGCGAACUACCAGGCGACACGGAUCGACACACUCGAACCAAACAUGCCUUGAUUCACUUGGGACCAUCCAUUUUGGCUGCUGGAUUCACAACGCUUGCGGGUGCAGCUAUCAUGUUGUUCACAGUGAUCUAUUUUUGGCGGCUGUUUGCUAUGGUUCUCUUCUUUACCAUCAUCCAGGCAACCAUUGGCUCCUUUGUCGUCUUUUUGGUGUUCACCGAUGUCAUGGGUCCAUCGAAUCCAACUUACCUCGUUGACAAUUUGACACGAUUGUUCUGGAUUCAGGCAGCCAAAUGUACUGCAUUCUUCCAACAACAGCUCCAGACCGAAGCCCACACCGCUCCAAAGAGCGCACCCCAAUCAACCAUGGACGGCGAAGAUGAUCAUGAUAGUGUCCGUUCUUUGCCUGGUUUGGAUUCUUUGCAGUCUUCUUACAGUGUUUGAUUGGGCUUCUGGUCGUCGCACACCGGCACAGAAGGAAAGGAUUUGGUUGACCAGUCAUGAUCAAUCGUAGAAACUGGAAAGAUUCAUCCACACGGUACGGAUUGAAUUCUGGUCUUUGGGAAUGAGCGUCUGAAGCAUCAAUAUUGUUGGAUGAACGAAAGCCUGUAUCAAAAAGCAGGCCGCUUAUCAAAACCAUUACGAGUCAGCACAAUUAUUGAUUCGAACCAGCCACGACACCGCGAGUCCAAGGUGGCUGGCUAUCACGCAUUAGCUGCGGUGUAUAGCAGAUUGCUCGUCUAAUACACCAUGAUAUUCGCUUCAGUUGCUUUUUUUAUGUGUGCAAGAAGGUUGUAGGCCAUACGCCAUAUUCCUUCGAGGGCAUCUCGCUAUCCUAGAUAGGAACGCAAUAGAUAAGUAACGGGGCCGGACUUCUAUCCAAUGAAACCAAGAGUCGACAGUAACUCGACAGCUCCUCCCAAUGCUCAACCAACUUAAACGGUCAUUUUGGGCUCCUCGCUGAUGAGUUUGGGGAUGCCGGAAUCUCCACAACAGAAAUUGUCAUUGCCUUUUUUGGGAACGGAAGGAAGGGGUGCUCAGAAGAGGAUGACGAGGAGAGAGAUGAGGAAAGGAAAAGGCCACUACUAGAACCGGUAGGCUAGCUAGUAUUUGGCUGACCCCUUGAACUGCUAACCCUCAUUUUUGUGCGACGAACUAACUGUGGACCUGACAUUGCAGUGCUCUAAUGUGGUUGCGUGAAAAUGAUGUCAAAUGGGACAAUACGAGCACAAGUUCAUGACGACUCUGUUUGGUUUGUUUUGCUGAUUAAAGUCAUUGGUUAUGGAAGCUCUUGAAGUUUAGCCGGGCAGCCUCUACCUACUCAACUUUGUGGGGUGGCUGGCAAUCCUAAAAGUACAGUGUGUUUCUCAAUGUAAGCUUGCUUUACCUGUGAUAUAGUGGGCCCCGCAUCUGUUAUGUUCCUUGCCAUUUUAACGAGAGGAAGGCUCCAGCUAGCCACUGGCUUCCCAGAUGAAGGCUGCCAGUUCUCAAUAAUCCAGCGGUUGAUGGAAUGCGUGGGAUGAAAGUGACAAUGGUGCUUUUUCCUUUUUUAGACUCCAUCGUUGGCGGCAGUCACAUUCAUGGUCAUAUCUUCCAAACCGGUAGGAGCCGCCGAGAGUUCCUUACUGGUCUCCACCAUGGUGUUAUCCGGAGGUGCGUAUUGGUGCGUCAAGUAGACGGCAGCAAUGGACGCCAACAGGACCGAGUAUGCCAACAAGAAAAUGAGCUGGCGAGGACUACUAGUAUGAGUCCAAAUGAGGUUUCGAAACAAGCCCAGUCCCAAAAAGGUAAACACCAAAGGUCCCAGCAGGUAAUGAAUGUACAGGACGGCAUAGUACGUAAGGUUCUUGGCGUCGUAGUGAUUGCCCCAAGUAUCACUCAAGUGCGGAGUUACCGGCCAACCUGUCAGCAGGAACAAAAAGAAAAUGGCCACUACCCAAAGGAAAAAGUAGCCCCAGUUCAUCUUGUUGCUUAUUGUUUUUGUUUUGUAUGAUUGAAGUACUAGAGUAAGAGAAAAGUGGAAACAGGGAAUGCUAUCGGAGAGCCAUGGCGAUGAAAGGAACAGGAAGAUAGAAGUCAGUCGUCAAGUCGUGUUGUUCCUGGUGCCGUGGCUUGUGCAUUCCAGGCAACAUUGACUCACUGAUCAUACGUCAUGCACGUGGACUCCCGCGAUACAAGGAGGUCAGGUGACGUGCCUUGAAGAACAGCUACAUGUACCCCACUGUCCUUUACCGUACCGUACCGUACCGUAUCGUACCAAACUUUGGCACUGAUGUGGACAAUGAGCAACCCAUGGCGGCACCUGAUUCUCGAGGAGGACGUUGUUGUUUGUGGUGCAUUAUUUGGCUACGGAGAAGCCAAUCCGACUUUAAAAAAUGGGACUGGCUGCAGGAGGCCAGAGAAGCCAAACACAGGCAAGCCAAAGCCACACACAAGCAAGAUACUAUCACGCAAUGCCAACCUGAUACCUGGUACUGACUGAACUGGGAGGACGAAAUGGAGACUCUACUGGACGAAACGAACUAGGCGCCAAAGUCUCGCACCACUUUGGUGGCCAGUGCUCCACUAUCUAGUGAACCUUUCGGGGAAAUGUAACAACGUACCGGUAUCCAGUAUUUAUUUAAUAAUUUGGAUAACAUGGCAAAACUGACAAAGGACGCUAGGCAAAGAGGAGACCAGGCAAUCAACUUCAAUUUAAUUAAAAGGCGGAUAUCCUCUACUCUCAAGAAUAUGGCCGUUGUUUGUUGCUGGGUGCCUUCUCACACACCAAGUCCCCCUCAACUCCACAUGACUGGCUCUCGAUCCUGAUCAUCUUAUUCUGCCUCAGAAUCACUACUCUUCGUCCUCUGACCCUUCUUCUGGGCAGCCAUUCUCACGAGCCCACUGCAGAAUCUCCAAAUGCCCAUUCUCAGCGGCUUCUAAACACGUCCGCGUAUCCCAUGGGCAUCCAUUUUCACGCGCCCAUUUCAGAAUUCCAAUGUGACCACCUCUAGCAGCCAAACUGCAUAUUUCUUCAUUCCAAGGGCAUCCAUUCUCUCGAGCCCAUUUGAGAACACCUAAAUGGCCAUUAUAAGCAGCGAAAAUACAGGUUUUUUCAUCCCAAGGGCAUCCAUUGGCAUGUGCCCACUUCAAAACUUCAAGCUGCCCAAACCCAGCAGCAAAAUAGCAUGUGAGUGAAUCCCAAGGGCAUCCAUUUUCACGAGCCCAUUUCAGUAUUUCCAAAUGCCCCCCUUCCGCAGCAUAAGAGCACGUGGCAGCAUCCCAUGGACAUCCAUUUUCACGAGCCCAUUUCAGUAUGUCUAGAUGGCCACUUCGAGCAGCAAAAGUGCAUGUAUCCUCAUCCCAUUCACAGCCGUUCUCAUGAGCCCACUUGAGGAUUUCAAGAUGGCCAUUUUCAGCAGCAGCCACACAUGUAUCUUCACUCCAUGGAAACCAAUGUUCACGGGCCCAUUGCAGAACUGUUAGAUUUCCAAGCUUGGCAAUAAUCCGACAAGCAUCGCCAGCUCUAAUGGUGUUCUGGCCAGAUCUAUCAGCAAGCCAGUAUGCGGCAAGCGUCACAUUACUCAAAGUGUUGUCAUAGAAGGUGUCAGUGCUGGUUGCUGCAAUUUUCUCCUGUGCAUCUCGUUCUUCAUUAUAUGCCUUCACCUUGGGUGGGUCCUUGACUGCAGCACCAUAUUCCUUGUAAAGCUGGUUGAGUUGUUUGUUGACACCACCAACAAAGGCAUAAUGACCCAUUCCAACAAGAGGCAGAAUCUCUCGAAUCCAUAUCUCCUUGUGUUCCAAGAACGCAAGAAAGUCAAGGGGGCUAUGUUCAUUGGCCAUGGGGCUGACUUUUGUUGAGAGCGGUUUGGUUAGAACGGACUAUUUGUGGUACAGUAAUGAACUCCAGAGGCCGAGGUGCCUUUGUUGUGGACUU